AUGACAAGGAAAAUAAAAUUAACCACUGAAAUUAUAAAAAAGUUAAAAGAAGAAAACAAAACCACUAUUCAAGUAGUUGACCGCACCCCUCCAUUAAGCAAGUCAAUAUUAAAAGAUGGUAAAUUAUUCCACUAUGUUAAUCCUAACGCCAUACGAGAUAAAAAUGACUGCCGAUUUAUUUCGCCGGCCAUGCUCGCAGAUUUCCAAAAGAUUUUUGACGGAGAAAAGCAAAUAAAAGAAAGAAUUAAUUUCGUUAGAGAUAAGUUAAAAAAAGUUAAAGACCUAAACAUUGAUGAUAUAAUUAGACCAGAUGCAUUCAAAUUUCUCCAAGACACCAUUGCAGGCGAAGUAAAGGUGAUUUAUGAACCGGGAGAGUAUGAUUUAGCCGAAUUUGAAGGAGUGGAAAAUUUGGCAGACGCGAAUAUUCAAGCAAAAGUGACCGACAUUAAUUCCCAACCGAAAGAAAAAGAAAAUAAUUCGUCAGAGACAAACGAGAAUAAUAAUGACGAAGAGCGAACUAACGAGCAACAUUCGAGUAAUGGUUCUAAUUCGCUGCAAGAAAUUGAAAUCACUCUCUCAAUUGAUACAGGAAAACGCUCAGAAAUAGGAGGAGUGCCGGUUUACCGCACAGAAAAAAUGAAAACUCGUUGGGAAUUUCCUUUGCCCAUCAAAAUUACCGGGAAUAAAGACCAUGCGGAUUAUACCAUUGAACCAAUUAACAUUACGAGCCUGAAUGGUGAUCGAAACUUGGAAAUUGACAUGCUAACUCUCCGUUUUCGCACUUGGGAAGAUGGAAAUCAACGGGGACGACCAAACGCAGAUCAAUAUGUAUUGGCAGAAAUUCCGAACUUUGUGGAUGAAACCAACGCCGAUUGGUUUGGUGAUAGAAAAGAAGUAAAAAAAAUACCCGACCGGUUGCUUGCGGUGGGCGACCAAAUCCAACUCGAAUUAGCCGCCAAAAGCGAAAAAUCAAUAUCAUCAUCAAGAAAAGCCUCUAAUUGA